AUGACGGUCGGUGUUGGUAGUGGUACAGAUGUGUUGGAAGAACACAGAGUUGAUGAGGGGUUCAGCAAUAGAGUCGAUGAGGACGCGACAACAUUUGGCGUCAGCAGCCAUGUCUGGUCCGCUGCCGACAGUAGGGUCGUUGCAUUGAGGAUGGAGACGGUGGAGAACGCCAUAAUGCUCCAACUCUAUGCGAAGCACGACGAUUCAGUUGCCGGAAUCAGUGUGGUCCUUAAGCUGAGAGCGUUUGUAGGAGUCUUUGUAUUUGGGGUAUUCAGUGACAGAUCGAGUAGGCCUGGCUGGGGUGAUGUUAUACUUUUCAGCGAGAGUCAUGGGAGUACGGCGAGUGUGAGGAUCAGAAUUGCGGCGAUUUUCUUGAAGGGCAGACUGAAGAAGAAUUUCAGUGUUAGCGAGUUUGAUAAGGAAAUCGUCUUAGCGAGCCUCAGUGUCAGCGAGUUUGGCGAGGGAAGCAUCCAGGCGAGUUUUAAGGAUGUUUACUUCGCGGAGGUCACUUGCGUGGAGAUUGUGAGCUUGAUUAAGCUCAUACUCAGCAUCGACGGCCUUUUGCUUGUCGUGUGUGGCGUCAGUGAAGGUUUGGUCAUUUUGUGUCUUGAGACGGUUGGCGGUGGAACGAGAGACAACUAG